GUUCGUUCUCAUUAUACCUCAGUGUCUCGAACACGGCAACUAGCGGGGCUGUACGGCUCAUUGAGCUACAUUUGUUGCCAGUGGUAGUGGCACAGACCGUUUCUAAACCUGUGCUGUCUUUGGCAGUUAAACCUACUACUUUUGUACACGAUACUGACCCCUUAGUGCCAGGCACUUAACAACACUACCAUGGACAUUCCGUCUGCAUCGACGUGAACCGCGAUAGAGGGCUAGUAAAGCAAGCAAGCUAACUUUUUGCCUGAUUAAAAACAACAUCCUCUUGAUGCGUGAUUGCAUUAUUAAUACCAAAAAAAUGGUUUAGACGAUUAUAAGCUAUAGUCAUGAAUCUUCGGGGAUUCUUCCAAGAUUUCAAUCCCAGUAAGUUCCUCAUCUAUGCCUGCCUGCUACUGUUUUCGGUUCUGCUGUCGCUGCGUCUGGAUGGCAUCAUCCAAUGGAGUUAUUGGGCUGUCUUUGCCCCCAUAUGGCUAUGGAAGCUCACGGUCAUCAUCGGUGCCUCAGUGGGCACAGGCGUCUGGGCCCACAACCCACAGUACAGGGCUGAGGGUGAAACCUGUGUGGAGUUCAAGGCCAUGCUGAUUGCUGUUGGGAUCCACCUGCUCCUACUCACCUUUGAGGUGCUGGUGUGUGACCGCGUGGAGAGGGGCACUCACUUCUGGCUGCUGGUCUUCAUGCCCCUCUUCUUUGUCUCACCUGUCUCUGUUGCAGCCUGUGUGUGGGGCUUCCGGCAUGAUCGCUCUCUAGAGUUGGAGAUCUUGUGCUCAGUCAAUAUUCUUCAGUUUAUCUUCAUUGCCCUGCGACUAGAUAAAAUCAUCAGUUGGCCUUGGCUGGUUGUCUGUGUGCCACUGUGGAUUGUCAUGUCCUUCCUGUGCCUUGUGGUACUCUACUACAUUGUGUGGUCAGUGCUCUUUCUGCGGUCUAUGGACCUCAUUGCAGAGCAACGGCGUACUCACAUCACCAUGGCGAUCAGCUGGAUGACAAUCGUUGUACCCUUGCUAACUUUUGAGAUCCUGUUGGUCCAUAAAUUGGAUGGCCACUACGGCUCCAGCUAUGUGUCAGUAUUCGUGCCUCUCUGGCUAUCCCUGGUGACUCUGAUGGCCACGACCUUCGGCCAGAAAGGAGGCAACCACUGGUGGUUUGGCAUCCGAAAAGACUUCUGCCAGUUUCUUCUUGAGCUCUUUCCCUUCCUGCGGGAGUAUGGGAACGUUUCCUACGACCUGCACCACGAGGACGCUGAGGUGUCCGUGGAGAUGCCUGCACACGACCAGCCAAAAAUAGCUCCCAUGUUCCGCAAAAAGACUGGUGUGGUGAUCACACAGAGCCCAGGGAAGUACUUUGUGCCUCCUCCAAAACUGUGCAUUGACAUGCCUGACUAAAUUAAAGCUUUGCAACAACUGC